CUUUCUAUGAGUGUGCUCUGCUCUGCACAGGCCUCACAGCUCGCGCGCAGCAGCAACGCCGCGCCGCGGCCCCGAUCAGGAAGUGAAUGUGAAGAAAAUAAGCGACUGUGGUGGUAGAAUGACAUAGAGGGGGAGAGGUGGGAGAGAAACGAGCGGGGAAAGAAGAAGAAGAGACUUUCAGAGGGAGGGAUCGAGCCCUGCGUUUUUUGGGACCUGUAUAUUCAGCAGCCACGGCUUCCUCCCUGGGAAACACUGACCGCACCGCCAAAAAAAUGCUUAUAAAGGAAUUGUAAGUAGCUGUGUGUGAGUGUGAGUGCGUCUCAGGAUGUGUGCGCGUUUAUCCGUCUGGUUUGCAGCGCUGACAUUGUGGCCAGUCUCGCCCUGGAGUGGAAUUACAGGAGUGCAGGCAGGGUGAUGUCGACACCCCCGUAACUGUGUCUGCUUGGUUACAUAUAAGCCACCAUUUUCCGUGCUAACUCAAGUCUAUCAUAUUAAAAUAUCCACCCAGCAAAGCGAGGGAGAAAUAAAAACGCGGCGGAUGUAGUUGCAUCAGCAGCCGGCGCAGGCAUGGCUGUGCCCUUCACAUUUGCAUCACAAUCCUACAAGUAAGACUCCCGUGUUGGAGGAUGAUAAAACAUCCUUUUACUUUGGUGCUAAAAUGAAGGAUGCUCGAGAGGAGUGGUGUUGCUGAGGAAGAGAUGUAAGCCCAGCCAAGCCGUGCCGUGCCGUGCCAGCGUCCAUCCUCAUAAGCCGCUGUGGCCAUGUUAUUGAUGCACGGUGAAGGUGAAACGCCUGAUGGGAGCAUUCCGGCAUUUACUCCUCCUGCUCUGGAGGAAUGGAGAUAGCGAAGUGUGGGUAUGGAGGGGGGGGAUGCUGGAGAGGAUGCUGGGUGGGAAUGGGCAUGCAGGUAGGGGAGGUGGUUGCAAAAGCGUGAGGGAUGAGAGAGGGGGGAAAAAAUGGCAAAUGGCGAGGUUUUGACGCACCAGUCAGACAUUUGUGAGGAUGUGACAGCUGGGCCAAGGGGACAGGAUGGCAUGGGAUGGAAGAUCGUGAGAGGAAAGAGAACUAUUUGGUGAAUUUUAACACAUCACUUUAACACAUGGCUUCUGCAGGCCUCAGUGUGCUGUGAGGAGAGCUGAGGCCUGACCACGAUCAGCUGGUGCUGAGGAGAAGGCAGAUAGAUUGGAAAUAGAUAUUGACCCUUAUAUAGGAAAGUAGACAUCAUUCAUGAUUAUCCACCUUUGACAGAGUCCUGGUCCCUCCAUCCAUAUAUAUAUUUGUAAAAAAUCUACAAAUAUACUAAUGUACUAAUUUUACAAUCAGGUCCUUGUGACAGUGACUGUAUAUUGACAGUCUCAGCUUCAAAACUACGACCCAGUUUUAAAAAUCGGUAUUGAUCAAAGUCUGGUGUAAACAGUCAUGCAUUAACCAACAUUUACUCUUGUCCUCGUUUCUCCCCACAUGUAUUUAAUCAAUUAAUGGCUCGGCACAAAAAUCUGCAGGAUGAGAGUGAUGGCAUGGCUAAAGAUCUGAAGUGAUUAGGGAGAGUCUGGGUCUCAGCAGUCUGCCUGCAAAUUAAUUAAAUCGGUCACGAUUAAAUGCUGAAUGCACGUAUACACACUGUCAACACACAAGGCACACCAACAGGCUUUCACACACACACACACACACACACACACACAUACACACACACUGAGAUACCAUCAUGGGGGUCAAGAGACAGUGAAUUGAUCCAGGUCCAGCUGUAGUACCGACACUGCACAGCUCACCUGAGCCACUGACCUAAAUCACUCCUGGUCCACUUUUCUUUGCCACUUCCAGAAGCUUUGGCAGCUUUUUUGCAAAGCACCACAAAACAGGAGCCACUUUACGAUAGAUCGGGUGAUUAAAAAAAGAGAUAGAAUAGAAGAGAAGUAGAGGAAGAGAAGAGUUAGAGGGAAAAUGGAGAGAAGAUGAGAAGACAGAAAAGGAAGGAACAGUGGGACACCUGAUCCUCCUGUCACGACCUUAAGAGAAAGAGAGCAAGAGAGAGAGAGAGCGGCUGAACUCCUUUUUAACUUAAGCUCAAGUUCUACUUAAUACUUCAUAUUCAUGUACACGCACAUUUAACUACUGAUUUUUUUGUGUGUGUGCAGCCAACAGACAAAUAUCUGCAAACUUUAUGUAAAGAAACUUAACAUUUACUCUGCGUGGGUGUAGUUUCCCUAUUUUGACACUGCAGACAGUUUUUUACACUGUUCCUGCCUUCCUCGCAGCAUCUGGUCCCCCAUCCGAUGUCUGGCUGGGACUCAGAGCCAGAUUACAGUCAGUGGCAAGUGGGAAGCAGUUGGGAUUAUCUGAAUUUAGGCAUUCAUCACACAGUUGCAAAACAAACUAAGCUGCGUACUGUACAAGGCCGGAAACUGGUGGUCUCAGGUUCAAGAGAAGGUGUGCAGAGAGAAAGAUAUGUGUGUGUUAUGUGUGGGAAAAACACUAGCUCUUUACAAAUGCUAAUACUGUACAUGGGAGGACAGACCUGUUAACUUUACUGUGACUGUGUUACCAAAUAAUUUCAAUAGUAGCCUCAGUUUAUGUCAUUGAAACUAACUUGACAACUUGUGACCUGCAUUAUUUAUCCAAACCAUCAAUAAAGAUCUUUCAGGUUAUGAAAAUAUCAAUCAUUCUACAAUGGUCCAAGCUGCAGCACAGGAUAGUCAUUGUGUUUGACAUUAUGUUACCAUAAUUCAUCAGAUUAAAUUUUAGGUUGAAUAACAUCUUGGCGCAGUAUUUCUUACUUAAAUCUCCUGGUAAGAGUUUUUGGCUGGUUAUAAAGCAAACCAAAACUAAUUUUAAUGACUCUUUAUGACCUAAAAAGAAGAAAAUAGAUUAUUUCUGUUUAAUUGUUCAUAGUGUGUUUGUUUAGCAGGAUGCCAUUUAUGUCAGAAAACACCACUUUGAUACGAUUGGAGAAAAAAAACAGCAGAGACCACUCUGUCCACAUGGGGUCAAAACUUCCUUGCAAAAGCAUUAACUUCAAUACAUUAUCCUGGGCUGAUAAUGGACCACUGAGUUGCUUCUAACUUAUUACAAUUUUCAUUCUUCAUAAAGUGAAAGAUUUUACAAGCAUACUCCCUGCACUUAGUUUUCCAUUGUCCUUCAUUUCAGUGUCAGUGGGCCUGCCGCCAGCCGGGCCAUUGUGCACAAAAGCAAAUUAGUUCUUGGCUCAUUCUGAAAGAGAGUUGGCAUGGCAUGUCAUCAUUUUGUUGGUGUGCAACACUGUAACUUCUAUGGCCUCUUACAGCUUCUUUCUCAACGCAGUUCCCGUAGAUACAGGCCUAAAAGCACCAAAACGAAACAUGGCUGGGGAAAGGGUGAGCCAAAGAUGUCUUUGUGCAUGAAUAAUGUGAAUGGCCAGUUUCCUUAAACAAAGAGAAAUAGACCAGACCUAAGCCAGAUUCUUUGACACAGUGUAGUUCUAUUUAACUCCUGUUAAUCACAAAACUGUACAAAUUUCCAUUCACUGGAAGGCGCUUGUCCUCACCUGCAAAAUCAUGGAAGGGUUCUCAGUAUGUUUGAAAAUGUGACAAUAAAGAGAUAAAGUAAAAAUGCUCCAAACAAAAAAAGAAAGAACAGUUUCUGUUUGGUUCAUGUCCAAAAAGCACCUCAGCAGAUGUGACAAGUGCAAUCAGUAACUACAUAUACUAUAGGCUGACAAAGCUGUGUUUUCAUUAUUAUGGGGCAAUGGUGUAUAUUUAAUAGUUCUCCUUUGAAAAACAAAAUUAUUCAUGCCUAAUGAGAGUUGAUUAACCCCACACAAACAUGUUCAGUUUUACCCAAAGCCAUAAAGAUUCCUCAGCUGCUUGGUGCUUUGGUUUAAAACAUUACAAUUUCAAAACAAGACAAGUAAAAAGCUGUCUUAUUAAACUUAAUAUAUUUAAGUCAUAUUUACGUGACAACUCUAGGUAAAUGUCUGAUUUCCAGAUAUACCAGGCUAGAAAUAAGAGUUGAAUUGCUUGUAAUGAGUGAAAAUAAAUCCACCAAUAGGGUAAGAAAACUUAGCUGUCAGUUUUUUUAGAUUAUGAAUGAAUUUUUCCGAACAAAGAUCGCUUUAAUUCAUACUACAAGACAUUUUAUAUAUACAUAAAAACAUACACAUUCUUAACUCUGAGUUUGAGGUAUAGAUAUAAUCCUGAGCCAAAUCAAACAAUCAUCUAUAUUCCAUGAUAAAAAAAAGCCUCCCAGUUAAUUUUAGAAUUGAAUUGAAAAUCUUUAUUAUGUUUAAUAAUAUUGAAAAUACUAUCUGGAUCCAAGUUUUUCUGAUCUUUUCACACCUUACAAGCCUGUUUGAACCUUAAGGUCCUCAGUCACAGUCCAAACUGAGGACCAGAGGGGACCAGGCUUUGUCUGUCAGGGCCCCCACUCUUUGAAUCACUUGGCUGAAGGAGGUCAGACAGGCGAGCUCCUAAUUGUCUGCACACUUGAUUCACUGGGGGCACCAUAACUGAUGCCAAGUACCCCAUAGGAGCAAAGAAUCAGAGAAUACAUGAACUCUGUCAAAUCACCAGAGGAAGGCCACUCAGCCUGUUGGCCGUCUUAGCUUAUCAUACUUUGGGGAUAGGUUCAUAGAAAAGACUCGAGCUUGUCGUCAGAAAUGGUGUGUGUUGAGAUGAUUUCUUAAGAUGUUGCUUCAUAAUGCUACUGUGCUGCUUGGUGGAUUCUUGCCAACAGGGCUAGAAGAAUGUCAUAUUAAUGUUAAAAAUUAACACCUACAUUAUUUAGAUUUUUGGUUCACCAUAAUGCUCUGGGAAAUGGGAUCUAACAUUAGCUUAAUAUUUACUAACAGAUUGAAAUAGAUGACAUGUCCGUUAAACCAGCGGAAAAGUAAGACGCUUCAUCUGUAUGUGUUCUUGUCCUUACUGUAGAUGAUUUCAGCCACAGUUAGAUAACACACAAACUAAUAAAAAGUAAGUUCAGGAGGAAAGUGUGAGUUUAUUUUUUCUUUUUUUCUUCUCUUACAGUCGAGUGAUUCUCCCUAUCUCUGUGGAGGAGGUAAGUUUCAUUUCAGUGUAUCUGUGUGUGUGCGUGUUUGUGUGUGUGUAUAUAUUUACGGUCCAAGGCUCUGCUCCUUCUCUUAUCUGAUUCUUUGAUUCACUGUAUUUGGAAAAGUGCCCAUCAUUGGAAAGCUGUUCCUUUGCUCUGUGGGUUUUUAAGUGUUUAUUUUCAAAGCUCUGUUCAAUGCUUCCUUAUAGAAAAAAAGAGCAGCUUUUCAUCACCUUGUGAGAUAAACUCUGAUUGAAGAUUGAGGAUGGUUUCCAUCAGAUAGAGCGAUGAAUGAACACAGUCAGCAGUCUGUCACUGUCCUCACCCUCAUUCCUCCUUGUGUCCCCUGUUAUCCCCGUUUCCUCUGCAGCUCGCUCCUGCUUCUGUUCAGGCCUGCAUUAGAAAUGAGUCACCUGAAACUACCUCCAUGACUCCUACUGAAUGGCUUAUCACCUUCAUAUAUAGCCUGUAUAUAGUCAUAUUUGUAACAUGGAUAGCAGAAAUACACUGAGAGCUAAACAUUUGUCUUCUACCCAAAAUUCAACCUCUCUCUGUACGCUUACCUGUUCAUGAAGCCAAAUGUAAGACUUGAAAAUAUCUUCUCUUUCUCCAUGUUAAACAAUGUUACACAAACCACAAAACAGCAAACAGAGAAGUGACUUCUUCCUUUUGCAUUUCCUCCGGCUAAUGGAGGCCUCGCAUCUCUACGUUAACUGCUGCGUGCGUGUGUAAGUGUGUAGACUAUAUCUUCAUUAUGGCUCUACAUAUGACAGCAGGUUUCCUUGGAGGCUGCAGGCCUGGAAACGAGGACUGCUAUGUGGCCAUUUGAAUGAGAGAAUCUGUGGUUUUUGAUGUGUGGCAGUGAUCAUUUCUGAGUGUCUGGUUAAAAACCUUUUUAAAGUGUGCAUGUGUGAGUAUAGGUUUAGGAUGUGCAUCCAAAUUUUAACUUUAAAUACUCUGACAUAGUAGGGUUUGUGCAUAAUUAUGUUUGGGUACGUUGUCCUUCUAUUUGCUGUAAUAUAGAUGAUCCUAACCAGUCCAGAUGUGUCCCCCUCACUGAUGGACUGUAAAUCCAGGUCUAACCAGAUGUGAUUUUUGUACAAUAUUUGAUGCAGGAAUCAAAAAUCUGACUUAAAUAUGAUCAGCAAAGGCUAAAUACAGAUGAGUCCAGAGCAUCACUCAUUCUGCAUCCCGAUUCUGCUGUAGCUGUUUUCAGUCAGUUUAAGUCUGUCGUAAUUCAAUGCAACAUUAUUUGAUUAGAUUUUCUGUUCUUUUAUUUUGCAGUUUUGAUUUGAUGAAAUGGAAUCCUUUUAAAGUAGAGUGGUUUCCUUUUCAUUGAGGAGGAACAAAGUUGUUUGAAGGAUGAGUGACUCUAUUCUAGCUGCUUGAGGUGGGAAUGAAUUAAAUCGUCUGUCUUUUAGCCCUUAGGCCAAACACCGACCCAAAGCUUUAUCAGUUCUUUAUUUCUGUGAAAGAAAAAUGUUCUGAUGUUGCUCCACCCUAGAGGCCAAGGCUGAUGUAUAUUUGUCCAAAACUGCUACCCAGGAGGCUUUGCUGUCCUGCUUCUCAUUUAUCCGGUUGACAGCUGACUUGAAAGAGCCGUCUUAUAAACCCUGUCUGGCACAGGUUAUGUGUCUUUCUUUUUCAUCACUGAUGCUGCAGAGGAGUAACAUUUUAAAAGCACAUCAAAGUUCAAAAGGUCAUGGUUAAAAGGAGCGGAGUCUGGAAAGUGACUCAUCUGCUGACUAAUGCUUUUUUGGUUCCUCUUUGAACCUCAGAAAGAUGCCUAAAAGAGUGAUCAUCUAAAUCUGAGCAAAAUGAGAAGCUGUCUUUUAACGAAUGAUGUCAGGUUCAACAAAUUCAUGAAUUCAAAUGUUGAUUCACACUCAUGGCUCUUGUUGUGUGGUGGUUAAAUGCCAAUUUAACCAGAAACAGCCAACACACGAAUAGGGAUGGGCAUCUCCAAUAAUCCCUACGUUCGAGUAAUCAGUAGUAAUAGUAAUAAUGCAUCAAAUUUCAUAGAGCACGUUAUCAGAGACCCUCAAAGCGCUUUACAGUGGAUAACUCAUUCAUUCACUCACUCACACAGUCACACCCUGGUGGUGGUAAACUACCUGCCCUGGGGCAGACUGAUGGAAACAUGGCUGCCAAUUCGCACCUAUGGCCUCAGUGCUCACAAUUAUACACCAGUGGGGGACACACACUGGGAGCAAAGUGGAUUAAGUGUCUUUCCCAAGGACACAACGGACAGACUCGGGAUAGGGGGGAAUCGAACUGCCAACCUUCCAGUUAUUGGACUACCGCUCUACCUCCUGAGCUACCGCUGCCCCAUCAUAUUACUGUAUGAACGAUAAUCGAGUACUCACAAUUCAUAUGUGUUUUCUUCGUUAGCUAAGUUUUCAGCGGUAUGUCGUACUGUGUGUCUUAAGGACAGCAGUUUUCAAGUCCAAGUUAUUAAAGAAAGACAAGUCAUGGUAACGUUAGACUCCGUGGUAUGACCCGUCCACGAGUCCACGGUGACAGUUACUUUGUACUUUUGGACAACACCUGCAAAAGUAGUUUAACAAUACUUGAGAGUAACAAUGAGUAAUUGAUUACUCAAGAAUUCGUCCACACAACAUUAUAUCCAUUUUCAAACCACACCAUGGUACAAGUUGCCAUCUGUUAUUUGAGCUUAUUUACAUUCUUGUUGUCAAGCGAUUUAGAAUCAUGGCAGUAGAUGUUACCAGAGCUACAGCGUCAUCUAGAGGCAAGUGUCUGCACUACAGCUUAGACAUAUGGCUGACAUUUCGGGGCUUCAGUAAGAAAAAUAUUAUUUUUAAUGACUAAUUCGCGCAAGAGUGACUGUUGGUUAACUGGCUGCACAUUUCUCUAGUUGCAGUUUUUAUCUUUAGAUGGGGAACAAUUUUUUUAAGGGUAGAGCUUAGCUGUGGCUGAGGUGCUUUUAAAAAAAGUGGCAAAAAUGUUGAGUUUCUGGCUCCUAUAUCUAAGAAUUUUAUCGUACAAUGAUUUAAUCAGUGUUGCAUAAAAACCUAAUAAUCCAAUGUUUUCAUUUGACUUUUUUUUCCACAUAAUCCACAAAACAAUGGAAAUAGCCGUAACGAUUAUUCUUGAGAAAACAAUGUAAUAAUUCGGAUUGUAAAGACUUGCCACAUCUUUGUGAUGUUGUGUAUCUGGUCCAGCUUUGUGCGUAGGUUAUAUGGUGGAUUAGAAGUGAUUAAGAAAUGAAAGGAGCCAUUGUCCUGAGUUCAGACUCUCACAUGCUGCACAAUCGGGAUCAGGAGGAUGAGGAACGAGAGGAAGGAAGGAUGAAAGGAGGUUGAAGUGUACAGUUUAUGGAAGAGGAAACACAGUGAGUGAAAAAGGUGGAAGGAUAGGAAGACAAACAAGGUGGUAUGAAGGAGAUUAAGAGGAAAAAGUCGCGAUCGGGAAAAGGAUCAGAAGAAAAAGUAAUCCUCAGCCCAAGAUUGAACUAGAUGAGCUGAGAAAAAGAAAAAAUGAUAUAUGAAGGUGAAAGCUCACUGAUCUGUGGGUUAAUACAUCAAACACACACACUCCCUACCAAUGUCCAUCCUGUCCUCCUCUUUUCUUUUGCAGUAUCAGGUGGGCCAGCUCUACUCUGUGGCAGAGGCCAGUAAGAACGAAACAGGUGGCGGUGAAGGAGUAGAGGUGCUAAAAAACGAGCCCUACGAGAAAGAUGGCGAGAAGGGACAGUACACACACAAAAUCUACCAUUUGCAGAGGUAAGUGCGUUUGUUAACUUGUUAUUGUGGGGCAUAAAGCUAAAAGCUAACAGUGCGGCUAACAACUGCAGUUGAAAAAGAUUUAUUAGCCUCUUAGCGAGUUAGCAUUUUAGCACUUUGUGGUCACCUAUUAGUUUUGAAUGAGGGACUAAUGUUUUUUUCUACAUUAUAAAUUUAAAGCAGAGGUUUCUAACAAGAGGAUUUUGAGUCUUCACAGGUUGCUAUAUUCUAGUUAUUAGCAAAAAUGCUGCUAGCUUGCUAACUUUAAGGAAAGCAGUAUGUCAGCAUUUUGUAAUCAUGGUUUAGUGCAGGGGUCGGCAACCUUAAACACUCAAAGAGCCACUUGGACCAGUUUCCCACAGAAAAGAAAACACAGGGAGCCACAAAACCUCUUUGACAUCUAAAAUGAAGAUAACAUUGUAUAUAUCUUUUUUUUUUUUACCUUUAUACAAAGUAUAUAAAAAACUGUAGCGAGUUGCAUUUAUGAAAUAAAUGAACUAUUUCGGCGAGUGUCUGUCUUCUUCUGUAGUUAAACCGCAAGAUAUCAAAUUCUACCCGGAUACAGCAAUGCUGCUUUUUGAUUGGCUGUUCAGUAGAUAUACUUUAUUUGAUUGGCUUGUGCGUGGCACGCAGCUUCUGAACUCUCGGAGGAACUCAGUUGAUUUCCCCCAGUUCCAUAGUUGAAGAAGUGCAACUUGGUGGACAUCACCGUGUUCAUUUAAAUGCGUGAGAAAUACAAUGUGUGGUGUGUGAGCGUGUGGGGAAUGCGUGUGUCAUACGCUGAAUGCGUGAGACUUGAGAGCCCUGUGCUCACGCAUCAUCGAUGUACUCCCGAGCCAUGCAAAACGGUCUUUGCAAAUGUUGCACUGAACGCCUUCCUUUUCAGUCUUGGUGAAGUUUUCCCACACCACUGAUGUUUUAGGUCGGGAUUUGGGUUGGGUUGUGUCCAUGUUUUUCUCAGCCGCUGCCUCGGCCAUGGCUGUUUCUUUUCUGUGCGUCCUGCUGAUUUUUACACGCCGGUGUCCAUGGACAUAUAUAAAGACCCGACGAAUCGAUUACAGAAUUUGUUGGCAACGGAUUUUUUCGUCACGACGAAUCUACUUAAUCGAUUCGUUGUUGCAGCCUUAAUAGUUUAUUUAAUGUUACAAGAGCAUUAUAAUCUUUGAAUUUAGAAUUACAAAAAAAAAUAAUAAUAAUACAAUAAAAUAAAAUUCACUUAAGUAUUUAUUAUUUAUUUUCCAAAUCCACUGGGAGCCGCAGCUUAGGGAAGAAAGAGCCGCAUGCGGCUCCAGAGCCGCGGGUUGCCGACCCCUGGUUUAGUGUGUUAGUUGUCUUCCUGCUUCCAGUCUUAAUGCAGAGCUAGACUAAGGAAAUCACCUGCCAGGUCUAAGUUCAUAUUUUAUCUGCAGUCGUGGCUGAAAUAUUCAAGUAUGUUAAAAACAACGACUGCAGCACCACCAUUAAUUCCAGCUGACUUGUUUUCACCUCACUUUUUCUUGUAGUAAAGUGCCGUCAUUCGUCAGAAUGUUGGCUCCAGCCUCAGCUCUUAACAUCCACGAGAAAGCCUGGAACGCAUACCCCUACUGUCGCACAGGUAGCAUACACAGACACACACACACACAGACAUAGAGAUACAUGCACUAAAAAGAACAAGCCAGGACUUCUACAACACCUGUCUAUAUAGCUUUUUUUUUAAAGCGAACGAAAAUUUCACAUGGUCUUCCUUGGAAGUGUAAAUACAGCCGAGCGUAUUAACUUAGAGGUCACUCAGAUGCUGAUCUGUUGAGAUCUGUUCUCUGGAUACCUGUGUGCGCGUCUGUGUCUCUCUUUCUCCACCGCUCCGUCUCUCGGUAUCUUUCAGCCUCUGUCACCUUGAAGGAGCUGUUGAAUAAUUAACUGUAUGUCCAGUGAGGAGAGCCAUGCAAUCUCUCAAGUCUUUCAGGCUGGGAUCAUGCACGCACUGCUGGCAGACAGGCAGCCAUCUUUCAUACUAACACACAGCAUAAUAUAAUGCAUGAGUCACACAAACACACACACAAACACACACAUACACAACGUCCACAGACAAAUACUGGAGCACAAAUCUCCUUGAACAUUCAUUGUCCAGGAAUAUGAAAGCUAUUUAAUCUUGUAUUUGUCCCUUAACUGCAUUAUUUUCUGUCCUCUCUGUUUGCUGCUGCUCUUUAUUUCAUGUGGCUCUGCAGUUAUCACUGUAAGUAUGAAUAUUUUUUUAACUUUGUAAAUACAAAUUCCGUGUAUAUUGACACAUCAGACAAGCUUAACAAGGAUGUCUAUACAGCGAGCAAAUUAACCUGAAAGUCGAGAAAGAAACGUGAUCUGUUUCAUGAACAGCAGCAGUAGAGCGACUCUGGGUUUGAGUGUGUGUGAGAUCUGGGGACUGACUCCUGUCUAUUGGACUGUAUUGGUUUUAAACUUGUUAACAUUAUACUGCCCACUAUUUUCUUUUAACCAAGAAAUGUUUGUUUGUUUUUCUGCAGAAUGAAUAUAUGAAAGAUAACUUCCUGAUCAAGAUUGAGACAUGGCACAAACCUGACAUGGGACACCUUGAAAAUGUAAUUGUUAAAGAUUUCUGGAAGGGUAUCUGUGUGCUCGAGCAGCAUUUGAAGAUGAAAUUAAACAGUACAUGAGGGAAACAAGAGCUUGUUUACACCUCUAAUGCAUAAUUAUGAAUUCUGCUGUAUCUCACACCUUGUUUGGUGUUUUUCUUCCAUUUCCACUUCCUGUAGCUGUUAUCUGUGUACCGCCAACAUUUCCCUGCGCUUCAGCUUCUUUACUUGUCCGUAGAGCAGAAACUGCUCCAUUAACUCUUAUGCAUGACAUGGGAAAAUAAUCCCUCAUUAAUUAGCUCCCAUAAUUGCUUUUGAACAGUGCUUUAAUAGAUAAAUGUUUGCAUGAUCCUAAAAAUAUCAAACUGCUUACUUGCAAAAAAAAGUAAAAGAAGGCUCCAGAGUGAAAUGUGUCAAUAAUUUCCAAAAGACUUUCUUCAUGGUUGAUGUGAUGGUAGUCUGCAGUCUAACACCGCUUUGUGUUUCUGCUUCAGGUACAUGGUUUGGAUGCUGAGACCUGGAAGAAGGUAGAUGUAGUCUAUAUUGAUAUUGCCGACAGAAGCCAAGUGGAGAUGAAGGUGAAAAUGGGUUUCUCUGUAUUCACAUCUAAGUGCUCACAGUGACUGAUCUCCAUCAAAUAUCACUCCAGCUGUGUUGUUUAGCUUGAUCUUGUCUAUCUCUGUGCAGGACUACAAGCCAGAGGAGGAUCCCUGCAGGUACAAAUCAGUGAAAACAGGACGAGGCCCACUAGGACCAGACUGGAAGGUACAGAGUACGCUGUUAAUGUCUCUGCUGAUUCAGAUACUUUCACAGCUGCUAAACAGGCCAACCUUCAACCAUAUCAGAGGUAUAAAUCAUUGAUGAGCAAAAUAAAGAAAAUACCGCCCAUAGAGAAACCUGUUGCCUAGCAACAAUAAUGUUUAUUCAGUGUUUAAAUAGCUUGCACAAUGGAUAACAGUGUAUAAUAAUCUGACCUUGAGGUUGUUUUAUAUAAACUGAAUUCAUAUUUUCAACUUGGGAGGAGAUGACACUUUCUCACAUCCAAUAUUUAAAUUUCAACUGCAUAUGUAUCUGUAAAUAAUGGGAUUUUAAAGGAUACUAACAGAUUAAUCAAUAAAACAGAUGUAAUUUUAUUUGAAUUGAUCACUGGUUGUGGUGAGAAAGCAUAUUGAAACCCCCAAUUACAUUUCUAAAUAUUUAAAAGUUUAGAUUUUUGUUUAGUUUUUGUUUAUUCGGUCAAGGUUUAGCUGGGAGCUCACUCAGGAGGAGACCAUUCAGCUCAUCAAUCUGGGAAAAUAACUGUGUGUUUUCUCUGUGCGCUUGCAGAAAGAACUUCCAAACAAGAAAGACUGCCCACACAUGUGUGCCUACAAACUGGUCACGGUUAAAUUCAAGUGGUGGGGCCUGCAAAAUAAAGUGGAGAACUUCAUUCAAAAGGUUUGUUCAUAGUUUAUUUGGACUGUGGGGUAUACAGCUGUCUGUCACUUCAUGAUUAUCCACAGCAUGUGGACAGCUAUCUACGAGAGGAUUACUGGCAACUAACUGUUUCACAGGAUCUAACUAGUAAAUGUUAAUUUCCUCCCUGUCAAAUGUGGUUGUUGUGUGUUUGUGUGAAAUGUUGAGCCACUGUGUUUCAUAUCCUGCGAGGACUAACUGUCUUACACAUCUUGUUAGCUUGCAAGAAGUAAUAGUGGAAAAUUACCACUCACUAUGCUGUGUAGAGUAAAUGGGCUGCACCAGCCUCUAGUGGAUAAACAGGGAAUUACACAUCUAAUCAAAGAGCUUUAACCCAACAUCUGAAUAUUUGUCCAAAUUUACUUGAAAAAGCAAAAUUAAUCAGUCUGUCUCUUUCGUUUCACAGCAAGAGAAGCGUUUGUUCACUAACUUCCACCGUCAGCUGUUCUGCUGGAUCGACAAGUGGAUCGAUUUGAACAUGGACGACAUACGUCGCAUGGAGGAGGAGACGCGCAAGGAGCUAGAUGAGGUAAGCUAACGAAAAGCUCAUUAGGAUGUGGACAGAAACUGUGAGAUCCUGAAAAAUUAUUUGUUCAAAAAGUACUUUAUUUAGCAAUUUAGCAAUUUUAAUGUAACAUUUUUUAUGUGUAUUUCUUUUUCUCUUCAUGUUCUUCAGAUGAGAGUGAAGGACCCAGUGAAAGGGAUGGUGGCUCUGGAGGACUGAGGUUGUGUUGGACCGUGAAUGCUGCUGCUUAUCAGGUGUGGUAGAUACAAACAUGAUCAAUGACAUUUAAAAAGGGCAUCAUUUUCCUUUGACUAUCAGUGUAAACAGACUAUUUUAAACAUGUUAUCCUUAUGUGUAACUUUCUUGAGCUGAUGGAUUACUGAGUCGUUUUUGGUCACUGUAUUAAAUGAUCCGUUAUCAAUCAGUGAUAAACUGUUUCAGCAUUAAUCUUAUUCAUCUGACAGGCACACUGGCAUAGCAAAUAUAACGAACCAAUCGUAACAUGACAGUAAAAUAAUGUAAAUUACAAGACAUGGCAGCAUCAAAAUGCAAAGACUAUAGACUUGUUUUAUAAAAGUUUCAAAUCUUGGAGUUGUUUGUCUGACUGGAAUCCGUCACCUCUAUUAAAAUUUUGCUCACACCUUAAGAGCGAUCAGGCAUGUACAUUCAUACUUAGAAGCAGAAAAGAAAAAUAUUGAAUCAAUAACUGUUAUUAGGUUGGAAACUGAUCAAUUGCCCACUUAUUUUGCUGCAGCUGAGGCAGUUUGUCACCAAACUCAGACUAUACAAUCCAUCUCACUCCUGCUACUUCUUCACAAGUUCCCUAAUUUUCUCAGCUUUAAGUUGCAGAACAUGACGUGUAACCACAAAGAUCACAUCUAUUACUACUAGUUGCAUCUGUACUCUACUGUAUAGUGCUAAACAGGUAGCACACAGGGCGCCAACGAACAUAACUUUGCUGGAGUGAAAAUGAAGCUGAUGACACAGUGAGGAAGCAAUAAGCCGGGAAACCAAAGGAAAAGCUGAAGGAAGCUCAGAGACUUAAAUGGAUUUGCAGUAUCUGUGAUUUCACUAUAAUUGACACCUUUCAGAUCAGUACAAAGAUCUCUAAGACUAUAAAGCUAUGAUGCAAGUUUAAAAAGAAAACCAUUGAUGUCAACAUCAGUAUCAACCUUCAAAAAUCCAAUAAAGGUCCGGCUUAGAUUUUCGAGGAGCAUGUCAAUAGAUAAUCUCAAGGCUCCUUAUCAAAAGAUGGAGUCUGCCUCUUUUCACACUCUUUCCUCUUCUUGUCGCCUCCAGACCAGAGUACCCAGACACCAGCGGAUUCACAUCCUCCUCCUAUUCCAACUGACAACAUCUGACCGGCCGGUCCAACAAACCCCCCACCCGCCCACACCCAUCCUAGAACAGUCUGGUUUUCAGGGACCUGGACCCAGUUAACUCCAUCAUAGCCCUCCUCCCCUGCCCACCCAUCCAUCUCUAUUUGUUUCUCUCCAUCCAGUGUCUCCAUCUUGUAAGCUGCUCUGAGGCCUCCAGUAGCAACACUAGAUCUCGUCAGUCAGUCAGUCAGUCAGUCCCUCCUCUCUCUCUCUCUCUUCCUCCUCUCUUUUUUCUCUCUCAGCCUCUGAACUGUUCUAAACUACAGAGAAAAGUGUUGUUUAUCUCUGCAAUUUAGGAUUUAUUUCUUUUCAAGGUAUCCCACUGGUGUGUGUAUAUAUACCGUAUAUCGGGAAACUGAAAAUUGUAUUGAAAUAUACAGUACAGUAUAAAUAUAUAUAAAUAUAAAUAUAUAUAAACAGGGUUUUUAAAAUGAUUUUAUCUGUAAGUUUGUCUGUGUUUUUUUCCAGAUCAAGUUGUUCUGCUCAGUGUUGAGUUUUCCUGUGAUUUCUCUUUCCUUUUUUGAUUUGUCAUUGUACCUCCUUCUCUACAUUUGUGUCAUGCGUUUAUGCAGUGUUUCUUUCUGUUGGUCAAGUCCACAAACCAUCAAUGUUAGGUCAGGAUAGUGCCGGCAGAGUCCGCUAUACUCUAAACUGAUCAAAUAGGAUUUUUUUCCUCCCCAAGUAGCUUUCCUAAUACGUUGAAGCGUUCAAUGGCUUUUCUGCUGCUUUGUGAGUUUGUGUGUGCUUCUUUUUGUGAGUAUGUAUAGGUGUGUGUGUUUGUGUAGCGUUGUAAGAUUAACAAGGUUUCUAGUUUUUUGUUUUUUUUUAAUUUUCUUUCACCUCAUCAUUUUUAGCUCUUUAAAUUCACCUGGCUGUUUCAACAGACCGAUUACAGUGCAGUAGUUGAACCAAGACAUAGAGUAACGCACACACAGGUACAUAAACAAAGACAGAGAUAGUAUACAGAAACACAUAGAGGACCAGCCAGUAGUCAGUAUGUCUUUUGUUUUUUUUCACAUUUUCAUCCUACUGAAAGAUUCUUUAUCAUUGCAGUAAUUUUUCCAUACGCAGCCAUCUCCUCCAGCUUGCUGUAGAUAGAUAUAAAUGGUUCUUUCAAAGUAAAUCUGCGUCAGUUCUUGCCCUGUCACCCAUCCCAUCACCUCCAGUGGAUAAAUGGUCUUAUCCAGCGAUAGCAAUAACUACCAUGAAACGUUGGUCUCUCCUUUGUCAUUGCCAGUCUAUCAUACGCUGCUGUUUAUUCCUAUCCUGAAAAACAGUUUUGGUUGAGUAAUUGAACCCAUGCUGAAAGUCAAGAAUAGUGAUAUUGUUUAUUUAGAUAUAAAGAUGGUUAUGUUGUGAUUGUCUUUGGAUUGUCCUGAAGUUGGACAGCCGUGAUAGUGUACUUUUUGUUUGUUUUUCUGGUAUAUGCAUGAGUGUAAUGAGUGAUGUACAGUGGCGUGUCUGUGGAGAGAUCAUGAUGCUGGCUGGUAAAGUGGGUAGGAAAUAAUGAAGUUAUAAUAGCAGGCCCCUGAGCGUACUUCCUCUUGUUUGAUGUCUGCCUGUCCUCGAUUAAUUCAAUCAUCCUCUGUUUACUUUCCAACCACCUCGGUUAAAUGUGUGGAAACUUUAGAGAGCGAGCAACAGAUCACGUGGAAAAAAGCUUAUAUAAUAAUAUCUGAUCCUCAUGAUCUAAAACUGCCACCACAGUAAAUAUAUCAUUAAAUUUCUGCAUUAAAAGCACUUGAAACACAAAGAUAUAAAAUUAAAGGAGGGCCAAACUUGGUCACAUAUGGACAAAAAAUAUAAACUUUUUGUACUUUUAACUUAAUAUGCCUGGAUUUAAAGAAAUACAGUUCCAGUUUGCAAAUGAAAAUUUAUUUAUAAUAAUUUAUGGUAGGUAAUAAAAGUGGAUCUUAUUGGCUAUACAAAUAUAUGGAUGUAAAAGACCAUCUAAAGCUGCUCAGGGCACAAAUGCUCAAGCUUAUUACAUUAGACAUAAAGAAAAAAUAACUUUUGUAAUUUUGAAAAUCAGUGCUCACCCAUCUUAUCACUCACUACUAAAAAGUGCUCAUAACUAUGAGCCACUUCCUGUUGCCUCCUCUUUAAAAAGAACAUUGGUCUAACCCUCCCACCUUCCUCUGUGUUCAUUCAGCAUCUCACUUACUCACUGUCUGUCUGUGAUGGGGCUACCAACUGAGUCAUGGAGAUCUGUGGAUGUACUGUAUGUAUUGACUCUGUAAAUAGUAAAUAAAAUUAAUGUAGAUGAACACAUAUAUAUAUAGAUCAGACUGUCCUGCCAAACCUACAGCACAUCUUUCUUGACACUUGAUCCUCCGAUUCCAUCGCUAAAUAUUCAGCAUUACAAAGAAGUUGCUCUCACAGAGGUAUUAUAUUGAGGAAAAGUAGAGUUAGAUUUGCUGAAAUUUAGUGCUGAUAAGUCAUUUUGAAAAAUACUGUCAUCUGUAGACAUAAAAAAAAUGUAAGUAGAUGGGGGAUAAAUAAUUAAAAAGCUAGGCAAAAACUCCCUGUUCACUAUCUCCUCUCCUGCUCACAUUCUUCCUUCUUCACAGGGACCACGUCUCAUUGGCAGGGCAGUGCAUAAAUAUAUAUUUUUGUUCUGAGUGUUGUUGUACCUCUGUUGUCAGUCUCUGAACUACACUCUCACUGAAAAGGAACAUACAAUGGCAGCUUGGGUCACUUCAGUGAUCCCCAUAAUUAGCUGAUAGUGUCAGCCUCGGUGCAGUGAAGCCUCAGUGGAGAUUUUGCCCUCCUGAGCUUAGCGAUGGGGGUUUCUGGAGAAAUAAUGUACGUUUGAGAGCAGCUUCAAUCAGGCUGCCAUUUUCCUCUGAUGUGAUACUCGUGGUGGGAAUCCCAAAUGCUGUUAUAGUAUAACUAUGUUUCAGGUUGCUAUUUAAAUAUCAGGAAUCUGAGAAAAUAUUAACACUGCCUCUUCAUUAACUCAUGACUAAAAAGAACAUAAAUCAUGAAAACAGCACCUUUUAGCAUAAUAUGCUAAUACCAACGGCUAACGUUAGCAUUCAGCCAAUUCCUUGCAAACAUUACUUUAAGCUUGCUAACAUUUUCGUUAGCUUGGAACUCAAUUAUUCUGUAUCGUACUGUGUAAGACUAUCAAACAGUAAUGUUAGCUUGGACGUGUUUGAAAGCUCACUUUAGCCGUUGUUAGUGAUCGCAUCCAGCCAAUUACCUGCUAACAUUACCAGGAAACAAGAGGAGUAACAUUUUAAGACUACAAAACUACUGUUAUCAACCCUGUUUAUGUUUUAUCAUGUAUCAUCGUUGUGAAGGUGUUUGAAUGUUAACGUGAUACGUACGUUACCCUCAAACAGAUAUCAGAAACCGUUUCUAACCUGUGCUAGUCCCUCCUGCCUUUGGUUUUAUUGUCUUUUAAGUUGUUGAGCUGUUAGUGAAUGAUAACCAUACGUCAUGUUCUUUUUACUGAUACAACUUGCAACCUAGAACAAAGAGGAGUAACAUAACGUUUGCAGUACGGCUUUUUAGCGCUACACCCUGAGUAUUAAGUCACUGGAAAAUUGCCACCGCACAAAUAUAGUUGAUUUUGGAAGGAAAAAAGUGGAGACAACUUUAUAUGGUUAUUUGAAAACAGAUACUGACAUAGGUCCAUUCAAACUUGUGAGAGAACAUGAUGUAACAGAGACAAUCUCAUAGAUAUCUGUUGUUAGAUUCCUCGGUUUAUAAUCAGAAUAUGAAACCAAAUGACUCUACAAUCCCAAACUGUUUUUAAAUCGUAAAUCUCUCUUUCUCUCUGUCUCUCUCUUACUCUCUCUUUCUCUCACUCCUGUUAACUUGUCUUCUGUUUUUCUUUCUUUUAUUGUGAAUUUGUGCCUUUUUGUCAUCUUAUCUUCCAAUAACACUACUGUACAUUGGAGACGUAAAGAAAUGAAUAAAAAGAAGCAAAGCAACUGUAAGAA